UAUUAUACCUUAUAUUGUAGAAUAGUAUCCUGAUAUUAUAUAUGACUGACUUAAAACAAUGUUUUGCAUUCACUGCUUUCAUAUUCUCAUUCAGUUUACAGUUUGAUGUAGCCCUAUCCAAUUAAACAAUACAUGAUUAGGUUUCAGGACAUUUUAUUUGACUUUAUGUACUACUCAGUAAACAAAUUUGGACCAGAUUUGGCAUGCGUCUGGCACAGCUGGCAUCUAUCCGGAACUGGCAUACAGCAUGUGGGCCAAACAUGGCCCGGGUUUGGUAGAGAUGGCACUGGGUUAAAAACGGCACCCAAGACAUGGGCCAGAUGUCAAAUAUAGAUAUGUGGGCCACAUAAGUAUAGCCGAUCUUGACCCACAUUUAAAAUCCAUUUCAAAUAUUUUUGAUUCAAAUUUUAUAUUUUUGAUAAAACUGUAAUUGUUUGAUUUCAGUUCCUGCACAUUGCUAAAUAACUACUUAGACCACAUUUUUUUUAUGCCAUGUCCUGUACACCAGUGGACUUUUCAUAAUUUAAAAUUUUUCCACUGUAAUUUCUAUGAGAUAUAUGAUUAAAUCCUGCAUUCAAUAUUAUAUUGUAUUAUAAUAUUCAAAGUUACUCUAUGAUAAUUUCCGUUACCAGUUGGUUAAUUAAGAUGAUCACAAAUUGAAGAUAUAUGUGAUUGGAGAGAUUAAAUAUAUUUGAGAAAUGAUAGAAACGUGUUGCCAUUUAUGACAGAUAUUUCUAGAAACACAGCUUCCGCAUGAAUCAGUGGAUUAGUGUCAGUUAGCCCAAUUUGCGCCAAUCAGGAUUUCAAAAUCCCGGAAAUGCGAAGCUGACCUAUCAGAGCGAAAUUGGCCGAAAGGCGCAAUUAUCAAAUGCAGUGCUUCAUGGGAUUGUAGUUUUUUUUACCCAGUUGGCUUUAACACACAUAGUCUCGUACUUUUGUAUUUUUUACAAAUGUUCAAAUAUUUUUUAUUUCGGAUCGAAUAUUGUACACGUUGUGAUUCAAGUUUUAGCUGGUUGUUAUGAUUCAUGGUUUAUAACGCUUUAAAGCAACAAAUCUCCAAAGAGGAAAAGUGAAUGAAAAUACUCCCGGAACCAGUAGGUCGAAAAAGUGGGCGGGCGCUUCAGUCUUGCACAGACUUCAGAAACGGUCAAGCACUGAACCGGGAUUUCGGGGAAAAAAAACGGGAACCGCUGUGUCCAUUUUGUUUUACUGUCUUUGCGGGGAAAGCCAGCAGAGUUGGAGGAAGAACAAAAAGGAUUCUGUAAAGUCACAGUAUGGAUAAGGUAUGGAAGUACAAUGAUAGGAGCAAUUCCAGAAGAAGGGCACUAAAACUAGUCAGUGAAUUGAUUGACGAUGUGGAACAUAGGGAGGGGGAGGUGGAGGACGAUUCUGAGUUAAGUGUUUGUGUUGAUGCUUCGGGGGAAUCAGACAUGGAAAUUAGUGAUGAAGGAAGUGACCAUCAGAAUAUUGAAGCAGAUGUUGAGGAUAAGGAAGUACAUGAAGAGGCUGCAGUUUCUGUUGAGGACCAGUCUGAUCUUCAAGAUCCUUGUAGUCAGAGAGAUUUGCAGUGUUCACUAGUAGAUUGGGCAAUUGAAUUUGGAAUUUCAUUAAUUGCUUUGUCAGCACUUCUUACCAUUCUCAAAGUCCAUCAUUCCUCUCUGCCUAAGGAUGGAAGAACGUUGCUGAAAACAAAAACAAGAUACAACAUUAGGAGUAUAGCUGGUGGUGUGUUUCAUUAUUGUGGAAUUCUGAAUUCAUUUAGGAAAAUCCUUGAUAGCGUUUGGCAUACUGUGGCAGACAAACAUGUCUUCAAGCUACAGUUGAAUUUUGAUGGACUACCACUCUUCAAGAGUACUAGUACACAGUUUUGGCCGAUUCUUGGUUUGCUGCAAGGUCACACUAAGGCACCAGUGUUGAUUGGACUUUUUUGUGGUACUUCAAAGCCAAAUUCUUUGGCUGAUUAUCUUCAUGAUCUGGUUCACGAGCUAAAAAUGUUGAGGGAUGGGUUUCUGUUCAAGCAGAAAACAUUCUUUUUGAAUGUUGUUUCAGUUAUGUGCGAUACCCCUGCCCGAGCCUUCAUCAGAGGUGUGAAGUCACACACUGCAUAUCAUGGAUGUGACAAGUGUCAUCAAACAGGUGUCUGGAAAUCAAAUCGAAUGACAUUUCCUGAGGUGAAUGCAAAGCGCAGAACUGAUGAGAGUUUUAGGCAAGCAACUGAUGAAGAACACCACAUUCAGCACUCACCUCUUACAGACAUUGGCAUUGACAUGGUCACUUGUUUCCCUCACGAUUACAUGCACUUGGUUUGUCUGGGUGUAAUGCGGCGUCUUUUAGACUUGUGGAUCAGCACCAUCGGUCCCUUGCACUGUCGCAUAUCAUCCAUUCAAGCUUCCAUGGUGUCAGAUAGACUUCUUGCACUGAGAAGUUACAUUCCAAGUGAGUUUGCUCGAAGGCCUCGGGCACUGGCAGAUCGAUGUAGGUGGAAAGCAACAGAGCUACGCCAAUUUUUGUUAUACACUGGUCCAGUUGUGCUGAAUGGUGUUUUACAGACUCAAAUCUAUGACAACUUCAUGCUUUUGUCUGUAGCUGUGUACAUUUUGGCAAGUCCAGAAUUUUGUAUGGAGAUGAAUGACUUUGCAAAUACUCUGUUGCGUUCAUUUGUUGAACACUUUGGCCAGCUUUAUGGUGAAGAGUUUUUGGUUUAUAAUAUUCAUGGGCUGGUGCACCUCAGUGAAGAUGUCAAAAUCCAUGGCAAUCUAGAUCUAAUAUCAGGAUUUCCCUUUGAAAAUUUCUUAGGAAAACUCAAAAAACUGGUACGAGGGCCAUGCAAUCCUUUGACUCAGGUGAUGCGUAGAUUGUCAGAGAUAGAAAAUAGCAACUACAGUUGUGAUGUAGAAGAGGCAAUUCAAAAAUUGGAUAAAGAACAUACGGAUGGGCCAGUACCAGAGUGCUUCUCGCAACAAGCUCAUCAAUUUAAAGUUCUCGCGAUUGAUGAUGUAGUUGUGAAGCUCAAUGAGAGAGAUUCUUGUGUCAGAAUUGACAAUAAGUUGGUUUUAGUCCAAAACAUUGUUGAGGAUAAAGGUGCAGUAUACCUUGUGGGCAAAGAAUAUAAACAGGUGGAACACUUCUUUAAAUAUCCUAUUGAUUCAAAAGAGUUGGGAAUUUAUGUGGCUUCCAACCUCUCCACAAAUGUCAAGUGUUUCAUGACAGGAAAGAAGCUGCAGAAGUAUGUGAGAUUGCCAUUCCGAAACAAAUUUGUUGUUGUUCCACUCCUGCAUCAAGAGAAAUAACUCUGAAGAUGCUUGUGUAUAAUAGUUGGCUAAGGAAUAUCAUUCUUGUC